GGGCCGCCUUUUCCUUGCCCUCCGAGGGAGGGAAGGCGCCUCCGAAGCCUCGCCCCUUCUUCCUCCCCUCCCUCUGGACUCCAUUCGUCAGUUUGGCUGCUCCUUGGCCGCCUCUUCUUCUCCUGCGCCAGGCUCUCUCUUCGCCCUCCUCCUCCUCCGCCAUGCCGGGCCUUCUCUUGGGAGACGAGGCCCCCAACUUCCACGCGGAGACUACGCAGGGACCCAUCCGCUUUCAUGACUUCCUGGGAGACUCAUGGGGCAUCCUCUUCUCUCAUCCACGAGAUUUUACACCAGUGUGCACAACAGAACUUGGGCGAGCAGCAAAAUUGGCACCAGAGUUUGCUAAGCGGAACAUUAAAAUGAUUGCCCUCUCUAUUGAUGAUGUCAAAGACCAUCUCUCUUGGAGCAAGGAUAUCAAUGCCUACAAUGGUGAUGAGGCCACAGAGAACCUUCCUUUUCCAAUAAUUGCUGAUUCAAAGCGAGAGCUUGCAGUCCAGCUAGGUAUGCUGGACCCAAAUGAAAGAGACAAAGAUGGUAUACCUUUGACUGCUCGUGUUGUAUUUGUUUUUGGCCCAGACAAGAAACUCAAACUCUCUAUCCUGUAUCCAGCAACAACUGGUAGAAACUUUGAUGAGAUUCUAAGAGUAGUUGACUCUCUUCAGCUAACAGCUACUAAGAAGGUUGCUACCCCUGUUGAUUGGAAGCCUGGGAAUGAGGUCAUGGUAAUUCCAUCUCUAUCAGAUGAAGAAGCCAAAAAGAUGUUUCCGGGAGUUUGCACCAAAAAACUUCCAUCAGGGAAGAAUUACCUUCGUUAUACUCCUCAACCUCAAUAAUAACUAUGAAGAGAGAGCAAGCAAGUCAGAAAGCUGAUCACAAGGACGGGCUCCUUUAACUGUCUUGGGUGGAGCUCUGGAGUAACUAUUGCUAUGAACAGACUAGUUGGUUUUCUUUAGAUUUUCUUUUCUGUAUAAUGUCUUUGUUCUGGUUCAUAGUCUCAGCUAAUGUAGACUUAUUCUGUUCAAAUGUGUAAUCUUGAAUAUUUUCUUGGAGCUGAGUCUACAACACUGCACUAAUACAGAAUUAUUGAUUUAUUUAAAUUAAUGAAGUUUCUAUUCAGCGACAUGGGUAAACACUUUGAAUAAAUGACUGGAAUUUUUUAAUAAGAGGUAAGAAAGGGUAAACCAUUUUUACGUUGCAUGUGUAAAAUCUCACACCUUUGGUCAGGUUCUUGCAUUAUGUUGUAAUAGCUGUAAUGUUCACAUGAGCCAGGUUUUGUUCAUCUAGUUCACAUGAAACAAAUAUGAAUAAAUUGUUUCCACAGCUGAAGCUUGUUCCAGAGGUCAUGUGCCUUUAUUUCAAAUCCAUCUACUGUACCAACCAAAUAUUUGUGUUGACUUCCUUUAUAUUGUAUUAGGGAAAUUGGACAGAAAGCAUUAACAAACAUUUGCAGCUUUCUGUUUAGUUCCUUAUUCAGAAAAAUAAAACUAUUUACUAAAAUA